AUGGCCGUCAUUACCGUCUUAGAAAAAGAAAAUGAGAAAUUCAAAAAAUUGAGUGAAAAGCUUCUAUAUUUGCUGAACAAGUACAGGUACGCGUAUCUGCAGUCCGUUGAUCUUAUAAACUUGUACGAGGGAAUAAUUAGAAGGAAAUGCAAUGAUAGCAAUAACAAAGAUCUUCAAGAAUGUUAUAAGAAAAAGAGACAAUUUGAAAAUUUGUUACAAGAAGAAAUAAUAAUAAGAAAAAAAUUAAAAAAUAAUGUAAGUCAAAAUAAAUCCACUGUUGACACAACACCAUAUGAUAAAAAUGUUAUGUCAGAUGCAGUUAUUGGGAAAAAAAUAAAUGAUGUACUAAAUGUUAAAGAUAGAGGAAACGAUAACAGCAAUAAUUAUACAAACGUUCCAUUAAUACUUGAUAUAAGUGAAAAAAAUAAAUCUGAUUAUGUAAAUUUGGGUGCUCUUGAUUUUAGUGCAUAUAAAGAAGAUUCAGAAGGGUGCAUUAAGUACUGUGAAAAAAAAAAGAGAACACAGAUAGGUAAUGACAAAACAAGCAAAGAAGAAAUUAGUACUACCACAUCAAAACAUGUGCAUCAGUCCGAAUUUAGGAAAAGACCAUUAUAUAAUCAGUCUGUGUAUAUGAAACAGAGUAAUAUCAAAACAUCCCAAAUCCGGACUGUGCCAUAUGGUCUCAAAAAUGUAUAUACAGAUAAACAGUCAAAGUUAAAUGCUUCUAAAAAUGUGGAUGUAUCGAAUAACAAAAUUGUACAUAAUAAUGGUGUUGGUAUUAAUAGUAGUAGUAUUAGUAGUAAUAAUUGUAGUAACAAAAGUAGUACUUUAUUAAACAGCAAUUUUGGGGCAUAUAAAAGGAAUGGACGAAGUGAAAUUCACAAAAGUACCUUCAUUCCAAGUAACAGACAGAUGACUACUUUGAAUAAAAGCAUUUAUAUAGAUACAAAAAGCAUGAAUAAUAAGAAUAGUAAUAUAAAUGAAAACUUGCUAUCUUCAAAUAAACAUCCUUUAAUAAAUAAAGACAAUUUAAAAAAAAAUGAUCCUAUGGUUAAUAAAAAAAUGAGUGUAAUAAAAUCAAGUAAUUUGCAAAAAAAUAGUAUUUACAUGAGAAAGUUAAACUCUUCGACCAUAUCUAGUAAUAGUUCUAUAUAUAUGAAUAAGAAUAUUUUAAAUAAAAGUGUAUAUAAUAGAAGCAAUACAGUUUUGAAUAAUACUACAACUACUACUAGCAGUAGUAGCGAUAGUAAAAAAAGGAAAAUCGAUGAGAAGUGGGAAGAGGAUGAAAUAUGUUCAACUAGUGCAAAACAUAAGCUGAUGGAAAAUGUACCUAAUCAUAUGGACUCUAGUUUUACCGAAUGGAUUAAGGAAGAAAAGAAGACCAUUUUUGAGAACGAAAGGAAUAAAAUAUGUACCUCCGCAGAAGGAAGUGUAGAUUUAAGGGAAGAAGGGAAAUAUAGAUUGAGUCAAAAAAAUUGGGAAGAGUUAAGCUGCUCCUACAUACCGUUGACAAUGAAACAUGUAGAGCAUUUAAUGGAUGACGAAGAUUAUAACAAAUACGCAUGUUUAGGUGUUAUUCCUGGAAUAUAUUCUGAAUUAAUGAAUGAAAAAAAAGUAGAUGAAGUUAAAGAGGGCAUAGAUGAAGAUCAGAACAACAAACGUGAUUGCCCAAAAUUCAGUAUAGAUCAUACAGAAAACAAUUUGUCUAGGAAAAGUAGGGAAGAAAUGCACAAAGGAGAAGAGUUGGUAGAAGCACAAGUUGGAGUAACCAUUAAAAAGGAAUUACUUGAAGAGUCAAACAGAAAGGAAGAUGUAAAGGCAUCAUUUCAUCCAUACAUGAGCAAUUCAGCUAGGGGGGGUAAGAACGAGUCUGACAUGGUCAAUAAUGCUAAUAGUUUUGAAGGGAAAUUGGGAGAUGAGAAAAAAUUGGGAGAUGAGAAAAAAUUGGGAGAUGCGGAAAAAUUGGGAGAUGCGGAAAAAUUGGGAGAUGAGGAAAAAUUGGGAGAUGCGGAAAAAUUGGGAGAUGUGGAAAAAUUGGGAGAUAUGGAAAAAUUGAGAGAUAUGGAAAAAAUGAGAGAUAUGGAAAAAUUGAGAAAUGUGGGAAAUAUCGAAAAAGGCAAAAUUCUUGAGGAUCCCUCAAACGGUCUUAGGGGGAGAAACCUCAUUGAAGAAGUAGAGAUCGUACAUAAGAAUGAGAGGAAGGAAAAAGAGUUUUCAUCAGAAAAAAAUACUCACUACUAUAUAUCAGCGAAGGAUCAUAGGAAUAAAGAUGACAUCAACAAUGGACUUAUUAUUAGCGAAAUUAAUAAUGAAAAUUAUAAGGAUAUAAAUGUGGAUGUAAAUAAUGCCAACAAGGAAGAUCAGAAUAGUAGGGAUAAAACAUCUCCCUUUCAAGUGAAUGACUCAUGUAACAUCGAGUAUAUCAUUACUAAGGAUGUAUCUUUUUCAAAAACUAAAAUCACACAAAAUAAGAACUAUAUAGCAAUAAGGGGAAAAGAUGAAAAGGGAGAUAAUUUAAUUACAAAUGAAAAAGAUUUAUCAACAAAUAUUACCAUGAAUUAUUCUGAUAUUAAGAAGAAUAAUGUUGGUCUUAUUGCAAAUGCAAAUAAUGAAAUACCUUUAAAUUUUAAAAGUAUUAUUUUAAAUAUAAACGAUGAGAUAAAAAAGAAAGCACAAGAAAUUGAAAAAAAGAAUAGUAAUUUAUCCAAAUCUAAAGUAUGUAGCAAGAAUACUAAUCUGAACAAACAUCCAUUCCCUCCUUCACUUCGGAAAAGAGUAUUAUUAUUAUCUCAAGAAAAAGAGGAGGAAGAAAAAUGUAGUAAUAACAACCGAGCUAAUUUACAUGUACAGAUGAAUUUAAGUUUAAAGUAUAUAUCACUAGAUAUCAUCGAUUUAGAUAAGACUAUGAAAGAGGGUAUACAUAGUUACAAAGAAGUUGAAGAAAGCUAUAUUGAGUGUGAGCAGCAGAUUAAAGACAUAAAUGUGUAUAAUGAUAUACUGGAGAGAGAGAGAAACACACUUUCCUUCCACCAAAAAUAUAAGAAGGAUGGGGAUCCUACAUCAACUAGCAGCAGUAGUAGCAGCAGAAAUAACAUCAGUAGUUGCGGAAAAAACGAAUUAAUCCUCUUUAAAUCGUCUCAAGAAAUAAAAAAAGAAAUAACAAACUUCAUCGGAAUAUCUAUAUUUCAUUGCAUAAAGGAAUCGUUUGUACCUACUAGCUCAUUAAUGAAUGACCAAAAAUUGGAGCUGUGGUUUACCAAAAAGAGCUGCAGAAAAAAUGGCAUUAAGGAUUAUAACAACACUAAUUUGGAUGGGAAAUGUAGAGCUAUCUGUAGCGGAAAUUGUAGUAAUAAUUGUAGCUGUAAUAGGAAUAGUGUGAUGAGAUCUACUCACUCUUGUAGCUUUCUGUUUAAAAAAAAUAAAAGAAGGUUAAGCUGCAUGGGGUACUUUAGUCAACCGGUUGCUAUUAUGCUUUGCUCCUUAAAAAGACAAAGCGAAUAUAAGAAUUUAAAAAAAAUUAUUACCUCAAUAAUGUUUUGUACAUGUGAUUCUGUUACUUUAGAAAAAAUACUGCACACUAUUCCUGAGGAAAACAGUAAGAACUACCCCUUAUGGAAAGAUGCAAUACAAAAAUUGAAUGUAUAUCUAGGGGAGAAGAAGAAAAAGGAGAUAAUUCGAAAUUUAUUUCGAGUAAAAAAAGAGAGAGAGAAGAAAGACAAAGAGGAUGGAUUUGAUUCAGAUGAAAAUAAUGAAAACAGUAGUUACGAGUUGAAUGAUAAAAAUAAAUAUGAAAAAUUUAAUUUAAAAACAUAUGAUUUUAUGAGAGGAAUGAAUGGUUAUGGUAACUGCCUAAAUGCUUCUUUUUCCUCCGCGGGAACGGAGGGAAUAGGGACUACGCAUAGUACUACCGCUGAUAUUACUACUACUGAUGUUACUAGUGAUGUUACUACUGCUUCUACUACUGCUCCUACUACUUAUGGAGGUGUUUGUGAAAUGUCAAAAGAAAAAGAGGAUACAAAAGACAGUAAAUUGUAUGAAGAUGAAGAAUUUUGCUUAUUUAUGUGUACCAUAAAUAAUGUACACAAACGAUUUAGAUAUUUGUUAUUGAUAGAAAAUUUUGGUUUUAUAUAUGAUGACCUAGGAAAACAUAUAAAGAAUAAGUUAAAUAGUAUUGAGUUAAUCAUAAGUAAACAUAUUUUAUUAAAACAACUUUUUUGCAAUAUUCUGUUUUUGUGUAAUUGGUUAAACGAACCAAAAAUAUAUCAAUGGUUUCAAUGGGAUAUGGUAGUGAAAAGAUUAGAAAAAUUGCAUGGAUAUUUAGAAAAUGGGAAAAUCUCAAGAGAUAGAUGCAUAAUGGUUCUAUUAGCUGAACAUACAGGUGAAAUAUUUAGUGAUAAGGAAUUAAAUGAAUUGAAAAAAGUGAGCAAAUUUCAUAUUAAAGACCUUUAUGAUAAAUCUAUUGAUUUUAUUAAUUGUUAUUUAGAAUUAAAAAAUCAAAUGAGUACAGAAGAAUUUAAAAAAAGUUGUCUCAUAUGCAUAGAGCAAGAAGGAGAUGAGGGAGAAGGAGAAGAUACACCUACACAAGAUAAAUUUUUAGAAAAAAUACAAUUCUUUGUAGACAAAAAUUAUAAAAAAAUGCUUUUUAUAAUUUGGAAUUUGGUUCUUUUAAUAAAGCAAUAUUUAAUACUUGUUAUAUGGUUAGGAGAUAUUAAACCCUUUUACCCUCUUUUUAGUUAUAUAGAUGAAGCUCGAAAUGUCAAAUAUUCUAACGACCUGUUUGUCAAUUUUGUUUCCUUUUUUGAGUCUUACAACAGAUAUAUUAAUAUCAUUAAUAAAAAAACUGAAUCAAAUGAAAAUAGUCAAAAGAAACUUGAAUUACUAAACAAUACCAAUAACUAUUUUUUAUCAUCGGACACUUAUUCUACUAAUGCUGAAGGGAGAUCUUUAAAAAUAUACAACAACUUAGGGGAUGUUAACUACUGUGGCUUUACCGAUAGUUCUGCAGUUAACGCAAAUGUCGGUGAGAAGAAAUAUAACUACGGCAGGGGCGUGAGCCGUAAUAUCACCACUGCUACGGCUACUACUGCAGCUAGUACUACAGCUAUUACUAAUAGUAGAAAUAAUAAUAAUAAUAAUAAUAGGAGUAAUAAUAAUAAUAAUGAUUGGAACAAUAGUAGUAAUAAUAACAUUAAUGAUGACUAUAAUAAUAAUACGUCAAAAGAGCUAAACACGGAAAUGAAAAAAAGGAAAUCGCUUACCAAUACAGUAGAUUAUGCAUGCGAAAUAAAAAGAAAAAGCAUAGAAAAGGAACGAAGGAAGUAUAAAAUAAGAACGAGUUUUGAGAAUAUUUGUGAUGCCGAAUUUGAGACCUCCGACUAG